AGUCACUAAGUAUAUCCGUAAACUGUGACAACAGAAUUGUGUUAUUCCCGUUAAGAAGUACCGAGAUCGGCACAUUACUUAUAAAUUAAUAUUACACAGAACGCAUUUCUGUAAAUAUCCAUUGCAUUAAAAUAUUAGCAUAUCUCCAUCAGAGAAAUGUCAUUGCCUCGUCGAAGAGAAGCUCGAAACUUCCGUAUACAUGAGAUGCCGGCGCUAUUUUCACCAUGGGGUGGCGGUCGUCCAAUAACUGAGACUUAUCGCAACUUCUUCAAUCCAAAUAUUUGUCAUUCUUGCAAGAGAGAUUCGAAGGUAUUGCAAAGAUAUGUGACAGAUCGCGAUGCUGGUUGCUUGUGUAACAUGAUUUUUUACUGUACGCGCCUUCAAAAAUGGAAAGAUAAUGUGAAUCAUGAAGAGAUCUGUGAAAUUUUAAGAAAGUUUUCACAGAGUCACCCGCAAUUCUGGCAAACUGGUAAUUUCAGUCAGGAGGAUUGGAUCAAGUCGAGGAAAGAGCUCUUACGUUUAGUCAAAACAGAGUUCGAACGUGAUAUGAAGCCGUACGAAAAGCAGAUGAUCAUGUUUGCUAAAUCGUGUUUUGUUUGUCAUGAACAGCGUAACCUUCAAACUUGUACGGAGUGCUAUUGCGUGAACUAUUGUUCGAAACAUGCAGAAUCUUUGAAAAAUCAUCAGAGUUCAAAUUGCGCCAAAUUGAAGUCGUGCCUCGAAACAGAUCUAUACUUAUAUCGUGCAGAUUUAGUUUAUUACAAAUUUAUACAUAUUAAUUUCACCACUAUACCGUAUAUUGUUAACAUGCAAAAUCUCAUUAAUCUAUAUACAAAUGUAAAAGCUCCUCAUUUAAAGAAAUUCUAUUCUGAUUACUUAUCAGGACCGUUGACUCUGUAUUACGGGAUAAAAAAUGGAAAUUUCCAUAUAGGAGGUACGCACUAUGUUAUUCACAUAAUACACGCAAAUGUUUUAGAUGCACAAUAUAUACUAGCCUGGGAAGUUUUACUGCAUACUUUGUAUUGGAAUAUAGAUCACUUAGAAGUUGUACUGAUAGGAUCAGAAAUGCAGGCCGUACACAUAAAUAUCGUUCUUUGUGCGGAUUGCGAACGACGUAAGAGAAAAUUCGAGCAUUUGAAGCGGAUAUUAGUGAUUGGGAUUUACAAGCGGAUAUAAUUUUUAAAUUAAAGAUCCAAUUUUGUCCUCUUAUUGUAACUGCCGGAUCAAACUCCAAAUUCGAAAGGAACAUUCAGGCGUUAAGGGAAAUUCUCCGUACACCAUUAAAUUUAACACCAAUUGAAAAUACAUUUAGUUCUCUUAAGGCACAUAGGAAUUUCGAAGACGAUGACGUGUCCUAUCGUAAUAAGUUUCUACUGAUCUUUAAGAGUAUAAGUCAUUUAUUCAACUUAUACAUUGAUUAAUGGUAUUGCAAGUUCUUCAUAUUGGUAAAACUUUCGCAAGAUUUAAU